AUGAGAUCUUCUGGGUAUUUAAAUUCCAACAAUGGUUCAUCGACGUCUUUGGAAUCAAAUAAUGUAAACAAAUCGACCGAUAAAAAUCAAUUGUAUCUCAAAGUUGUUUGUAAUUGUGCUACAGAUUUAGUGCCACAAGGUAUUACAGGAACUGGCAGUGAGUCCAAAAAAACUUAUUCUUCGAGCAAAUCAAUCAAUCCAGUUUUGGUUGUCCAAUUAAACAAUACUAUUAAAUCGACCUCCAAGAAAUUAAACACCAAUCAGCCAAGUUGGAAUGAUGAGCUUUACAUGCCAUUAAAACACCAAGAUGAUUCAUCUUUGUUAAUAUUUUCUGUGUGGGACAAGCAUACUAGAUACAAAAACUAUCUAGGAGAAUUAAGAUUGAACGUGAGAGAUGUUUUCGUUGAUAAUGGUAAUUUUGUCGAUAAGACUGAAUUGAAAUGGUACCACUUGAAUUCCAAUACCAAAUAUCAUUCAUUUAUCACGGGCUCGAUUUUGGUUGGUUUUGAAUUAGUAAUCAAAAAUAAAAAGAAGCGGUUCCACAGUUCCUAUAACGAUAAAUUCCAGCAAUUGUCUAUAGAUUCAGACGUUGAAUCUGCAUUUAAAAGCUGGUUGUCUAAUUUGACUAAGCCUACAAUUUAUUCUGUAAAUAACAAAAUAAACCCCAAUGACCAAGGAUUUUAUGAUGAUGAAUUGGUGAAUGAAGCUGAUCUAGAAUCCGUUUUGACGGACAAAUCCAAGAAAAGCCAUUUGAAUGUUCCUGGGGUAAAUGGUCUAUUGUCGGUACCUGGUGAUGAUUCUAAUGAUGCGGGUUCCUUUUCCGAUACAUCAUUUCUUUCUGAUGGUGGAUAUGCAAGUGAUGCAUCUGCUAAUUUGUUUGACCACAGAGAGGCGUUGCCCGAUCUGAAGAAAUCAAGAAUAAAGUCCAAAAUGAGACUUCGCAGAUCAAAACAAGAAUAUGAAAAUUUUGAACUAGCAAGCCGUCAGGUUCUUGGUGUUGUGUUUAUUGAAAUCGUUUCGUGUGAGGAUUUACCACCUUAUAAAAACUUCACCCGUACGUCUUUUGAUAUGGAUCCAUUUGUGGUUGUUAGUUUUGGUAAGAAAACAUUUAGAACUGGAUGGAAAAGACACACUUUAAAUCCUGUUUUCAACGAACGGUUAGCUUUUGAGUUACUUCCUCAUGAAAGUAAUUUCAGUAUUCAGUUCUUGGUGCUUGAUAAGGAUCAUUUCUCGUUUCAUGAUAAUGUGGCUCAUAUUUCUUUGCCCUUGAGAACGUUGACUGAGUAUGCGACUGCAAAACCAACUGAAGGCGAAAACUCUGAUGUCAAUACCAGUGACAGCAACAGCAAUAGCCAGAUAGGAAAUGGCUUUACCACUGAGGAUACAGAAUUCCCAGAAAAUGAUUCUGUACAAAUUAUAGAGAAUGAGACUCCAAGUAACAAACAGAGUCGUAAAAGAUAUUUAUCUCGGAAAAAGGUUGUUAAGACACAUUUAGAUUUGAAAAAGUUUAAAGCAAUGUCCUUAAGUUUGCAGUUGCAUGAUCAAAAGUAUAUUGGUAAAUAUGCACCCAAAUUAAAGAUUAGAGUUAGAUUUGAAACUUAUCCAGAAUUGCGCAAGAAAUUUUGGAGAGUCUUGUUAGAAGAAAGUAUUUCUACCCCAGAUAAUCGUGACAGUUGCGAUUACAUUGAAUUAAUAUCUUUGUUAGACACGUUGGGUUGUGUUAAUAGUGAUGAAUUGGUGGAAUUAUUUUAUUCAAAUUUGGGGAAACUGUCCUGGGGAGGUGAUUUGUUAUUUUUUGAUGAAAUCGUUGAUCAGAUGGAAACCUACAUCAAUCAAAAUGCUGACAAUGGUAAAGUCAAAAUAUUUGAAUUUGAAAAAUGUCCAAUUUGUAACCAAAAACGAGUUUCGAAAAAGCAAGAUUUGGAUAUAAUCACCCAUUUUGCUAUAUGUGCUAGUAAAGAUUGGAGUGUGGUUAGUAAAUUACUCCUGUCGUCUUAUGUUACACCUACUCAGGCUACGAAAAAAUGGUUUACCAAGGCAUUGAUUAAAUUGACAUAUGGGAAAUACAAAUUAGGUGGGAAUUCUGCCAAUAUCUUGGUUCAGGAUAGAAUGACAGGAAUUAUAGUGGAAGAAAAAAUGAGUGUUUACGUGAGAUUAGGUAUAAGAUUAUUGUAUAAGGGAUUGGAUAAAGCCCGAUCGAAGCGAGUUAGAAUUUUAUUGAAGAAUAUGUCAAUAAAACAGGGCAAAAAAUUUGAUGCACCACAACUGAAAUCAGAUAUAGCUUCAUUUAUUAGGUUUCAUAAACUAGACCUUGAUGAAUGUGAAAUAGAUGAUCCGUCACAAUUUGCUACCUUUAAUGACUUUUUCUAUAGGAAACUAAAACCAGGGGCCAGAGAAAUUGAAGACGAAAAGAACUCCAAGAUUGUUACUAGUCCAGCAGAUUGUCGGUCGGUGGUUUUUGAAUCAAUUGAUAAGGCAACGCAGUUGUGGAUAAAAGGUACAGGGUUUACUAUACCAAAGUUGAUUCAUAAUGAUCAUCUGAUGCGUAUAUCUUCUUACACAUUGGGUAUUUUCAGAUUAGCUCCACAAGAUUAUCAUCGUUUCCAUUCACCAGUCGAUGGAGUUAUUGAAAGCAUUAAGCAUAUUGAUGGAGAGUAUUACACUGUCAACCCAAUGGCUAUUCGAUCGGAAUUGGAUGUAUUUGGAGAGAACGUCAGAACAAUUGUAACUAUUAAAACAAAAGAUUUUGGAAAUAUAUACUUUAUUGCUGUUGGAGCUAUGAUGGUUGGAUCGAUUGUUCUUACAAAAGACACAGGGUACGAAAUCUCAAAAGGUGAAGAAUUGGGGUAUUUUAAAUUUGGAGGGUCUACUGUUUUAUUGUUAAUUGAAAGUGACAAAUUUAAAUUUGAUACUGAUCUUGUCAAAAACUCAUCGUCCGGUUUAGAGACUCUUCUUCGAGUGGGUCAAAGCAUUGGCCAUAGUCCAGAUAUUGACGAGUACAAGCGUGAUCAUAUUUCGUUUGAUAAAUUGGAUAAGAAUAAACAACUUCGAUUGAUUAGAGUAUUGACUGGUGGUGACUUAAAAGAUAAACAUAUGCUAAGUAACUGGGAAGCUACCAAGAUAGAUAUGGAAGAUUUUCAAGCUAUUGAAGACGAAGAAACAUUUGAUGAGGAUAUACUUGAUGAAGAUGCAUCAAUCAAAAGUGAAGAUUAA